CACGAGACCUGCCUUCUGGACCACGUGCUGGAGCUGAUUAUGAAUGAAAAGACCCCGACCAGUGUGAGCCUUUUUCUGAACGAGGACUUAGACAAACCGCCCGAGCAGCCCAAGCAGCCCAAGCAACCCAAGCAGCCCAAGCAAGUGGGCCUGAGGAGACACUUACGCAGGGCCAUGGAGAAGAGAGCCAGCAGUGUCAGGGAGAGGAUGAGCUCCAUCACGGGGAGCAAUGUGAGGGCUUUCCUCCGGAGGAACCUCUUUGUACUGUUCACCGUUGCAGCUGUGGUUCUGGGUGUGAUCCUGGGAUUCACUCUACGCCCCCAUAACCUGUCCAUGCGGGAGAUCAAGUAUUUUGCCUUUCCUGGGGAACUGCUGAUGAGGAUGUUGCAGAUGUUGGUGUUACCACUCAUUGUCUCCAGUUUGGUUACAGGCAUGUCUUCUCUGGACAGCAAGGCCUCUAGUAAGAUGGGUGUGCGCGCUGUGGUUUACUACAUGGUGACCACCCUGGUUGCCGUGUUCAUCGGUAUCAUCAUGGUCAUGAUCAUACAGCCAGGGAAGGGAAGCAGGGACAGCCCUGUGGCAUCCAGUGGGAACAUAGAACCAGUACAGGCUGCUGACGCAUUUCUAGACCUCAUCAGGAACAUGUUUCCUCCUAAUCUGGUGGAAGCUUGCUUUAAGCAGUAUAAAACAAUGUACAAGAAGGUAAUCCACACCAAGAAUGUGACAGUGGCCUUAAACCUCACUGACUCCCUCAAUGCCACAGAGGCUGCCCUCAGCGUCAACCUCAGCAAGGUGCUGCACACCAUACAGGAGACUGUAGAGGAGAUCAUCCCUGUGUCUGGUUCUUCCAACGGGGUGAAUGCUCUGGGUCUAGUGGUGUUCUCCGUUUGCUUUGGACUGGUCAUUGGGAACAUGAAGCAGCAGGGCCAGGCCCUUAGGGACUUCUUUGAUGGCCUCAACGAAGCCAUCAUGAGGCUUGUAGCCAUCAUCAUAUGGUAUGCUCCAGUGGGCAUCAUGUUCCUGAUAGCGGGAAAGAUUGUGGAGAUGAAGAACUUGGCUGAGGUAGGUGGACAGCUGGGGAUGUAUACCAUGUCAGUCAUUGUGGGCCUCCUCAUCCACGGCCUCUUUGUCCUGCCGCUGUUCUACUUCCUGGUGACCAGGAAGAACCCCUACAGCUUCAUCGGUGGUCUUCUCCAGGCUCUCAUUACUGCACUGGGCACCUCUUCCAGCUCUGCCACCCUGCCAAUCACUUUCCGAUGUCUAGAAGAGAACAACCGGGUAGAUAAGAGAGUGACACGCUUCGUCCUCCCCGUGGGUGCCACCAUCAACAUGGAUGGCACUGCCCUCUAUGAGGCUGUGGCAGCCAUCUUUAUUGCACAGGUCAAUAACAUGGACCUCAACUUGGGCCAGAUUCUCACCAUCAGUAUCACGGCAACUGCUGCCAGCAUCGGAGCAGCAGGCAUCCCUCAGGCUGGACUGGUUACCAUGGUGAUUGUAUUGACAUCGGCAGGACUGCCCACAGAGGACAUAACACUGAUCAUCGCCGUGGAUUGGUUCUUGGACCGCCUUCGUACCACCACCAAUGUGCUGGGUGACUCACUUGGGGCUGGCAUUGUGGAGCACCUUUCCCGUGGAGAGCUGCAAAGUCAGGACACUGAGCCUGGCAACCCUGUCAUAGAAGACGAUGAGAAAACCUACCAGCUCAUUUUCCAAGAAAACGAGUCAGUCAAACAUCGCAACAGUGAGACCACCAUGUGA